AUGCGUGACGUCACGCAAUUCUUCACUACCUGGCAGCCCACUGUCAACAGCCCAUCUCAGAUGAACAACGAACUAAGACUAUGGUGUAUCGUUCUAGGCGAAUCCGUCGAUGAGCCCUUAUUUCGCCUGACAUUGCGGGAUGACGAUACGGUCUCUGAACUCAAGCAGUCAAUCAGAAGAGAAAUUCCGGGAUAUGAUACCUUGAACAAACCCUUAUUGUAUAAACCCCGCAAGUUAACUCCCAUCGCUCUGGAAGACACCCUUCAAGAACGCGUCGAAAAAGAUAUCGAAAACUUCGCCGCACCCUUAACGAAAUCCGCUGCUGGCUUACGGGAUCUCUUUCCGAAAUCAGAAGCAGUCAGCGUUGACAGGCUUCAUAUUAUCGUGAAAUUUCCAGUGGAUGACGGUAAUGGUCAACCGCCGUACAAAAGAGCUCGUUUAGCGGGUCCAGACCCGAAGCAGGAGCUCAAAGAUGAUGAGUGGAUUUUCCAUCUUCAUCAAAAGCUCUGGAAUCGUCAAGAUCUCAGGAGCCAGGUGUUUCGGACAGUCCGUCUAACAUACCCAGAUUAUGGCCUUUUGGAAAAGCAGCUGUCAGAACUUUUCCCGGAACGUCAAGAGGGACGAUAUGAGGCGGCGUUCGAGGGGGCUUUAUCUGUCAAACGUGACUUCCUCGCUUCAAUCAACACUGGCCGUAACGUUGUUGCUAAGGAGAACGAAGAUGAUAAUGAUGACGAGCUCCGCUCGCUCUUCUCCGCGACGCUAAAUUAUCUUGACUUGCACAGCUUGGGACUCAAGAAGCCGCCACCGCAAAUGCCAUCACUGCUUUUUAUCCGGCAAGAAUACGAGGACCUAUCUAGAAUAUUGGAUAACUUACCGAUAAACGGUGGCAACUCCGCAAUGAUUGCUGGGCAACCAGGGAUCGGCAUUGGAUGCCUAUUCCGCACGAUCGGUGGAUCUGUCUAUCACGUCGCUGAAUCUAUCACAGUAGUUGACGAAUGGUCAGGUGGACCCAUCAUUGCCUUCUGCGACCUUGAUGGGAAAAGCGAACCACCCCGAUUUCUCACUGAAAGCAAAAAGAUUCAAAUAAUCGCUGCCUCGUCACCUGGCGGUGCGGGCGAAAAAUGGUUGGAUACGGUGGGGGACUCCCCGUAUAUACGCAAGCUUAUAUCGACGUUAUGGUCGCAACAGGAGCUGAUUUUGACUGGAUUGUUUCUCAAUUCUCACGACCUCCUCUACCCACGGCUCCAAGAAACUACGACCUAUUUCGGUUACAACCCCCGAAUUUGCUUCCGCGCGUCCCGUUCCCCUCAAAUUUUUACUGAAAACCUGGCGGUCGUUCGUACAAAAAUUGUCACCUUCGCCCGGGAACACUUGGAUAAGCAAUCAUUACUUAUCGAGACAUUUACAAACAAUAUGAUAUCGCACUCCGUGUUCGACAUAUCACCGAAAAACAAUUGGCGCUUGUUUGCCCAGGCUAAGGUGGGAGCCAUCUCACCAUGGGCCCUGGAUACCUUGUUCAAUGAGCACAAAGAACAACAAGAGGAGGCAUCCUACAACUUCUAUAAGUUGAUCUCGACAGAUCCUCAUGCUGGAACCCUCCGCGGUCAAAUGUUCGAGAGGCAAGCCCUCAAGUAUCUCUCUGGUCUCGAGGAAAAGACCCAAUUCACCAUCCGAUCUCUCACCGACUCUAAAACCGAGAUUUGGACGUAUCCGGGUCCCACCGGACGUUCUUUGUUCACAUCAUCUACAGUCGCUCAGCUGCUCCAGGGUGCGGUCGCACAAAGCAAGCCAAUACACUUGGUACCGACUGACCCACACUUUCCGGCCGUAGAUUCAAUUGUUUACGAUCCUGGUCAACGGCUUGCCGGCAUCCAGGUUACUGUCCGGCCGACGCAUACUGUGGCUGUUGCUGGUCUCGAGAAGAUACAAUCUUGGCUGAAACUCAACACCCCACUUGCGGCCCUUCGCCCCUCGAUUCCGGGCAAUCACUGGCGGCUCAUUUUCGUGGUGCCGCACGACAUGGCUUUAACUUAUGAAAAACAAGCAUAUGAAAAAGACACCACUCUUAACUACUGGUCAAAGAAAAUCGACCAAUUCGUAUUAGGCCUAAAAGAAGAUACCAUCUGGGCUAGGACAAUGAGAAAUUAA